AUGCUAUCUCAUGCUCAAGCUACGAUUCAGAUACUUUUCAUGGACAGUCACUUAUCCGUUUUUCAGUUGUACUCUGAAGAACCAAUAGAGACAGCUAUUGCUUGUGACAUCAGUCCACAGGUUGGGAUGUGGAAUGUUCAGUUGGAUCCUCCUCUUCUCAACUCUACUGAAGUUUACGACAGUCCCAGUUCUGUAGAAAGAGUUUUGCCUCGUAACUGGAGAAGAAACAUGUCACCAGUGGGCUUCGCUUCAGUUUCUCUUCAAAACUAUGGAUUCUCUUUGGAUGGUAACCGCAUGCAGCGACAAUCUCAUCAAGCUGUACAACAGCCACUGGACGUUAAACCAAACAUUGUCGCCUGCGUUAGUCUCAUGCACUAUACAUCAAAGAUACGCUGUAGAACAGAUUGUCAUCUAAUUCAAACGUUACAAUUAGAAUUCAUUUAG